AUGCUGGACGCCGUGUAUGACCGCAACCGGUUGAUCCGGGCGCUGGGAAUCGGCGGCCGCGUCGACCAUGCGCGCCACGUGUUCGAUGGGAUCGCGCGCAAGGACGCGUACUCGUGGGUGAAUAUGCUCUGCGCAUAUGCCCAGAAUGGGUAUCUGGAGGAGUCCAAGAGGCUCUUUGAUUCCAUGCCGGAGCACAAUGUGGUGACGUGGACGGCAAUGGUGUCGGCGUACGGCAGGCACGGAAAUGUGGUCCAAGCCAAAGACGUGUUUGAUUCCAUGCCGGAGAGGAAUCUUCUCUCGUGGACGGCCAUGGUGGUGGCAUAUUCCCAGAACGGGCAUAUUCCCGCAGCACAACUCGUGUUUGAUUCCAUGCCCGAGCGGAAUUUGGUAUCUUGGUCUGCCAUGUUGGAUGCAUAUUCGCAGGCAGGAGACUGCGUUCGGGCAAAGAUCCUCUUUGAUAGAAUGAAGGAGAGGAAUCUCUAUGGAUGGACUUCCCUUGUGUCGGCAUAUGCCAAGGCCGGACGUACGGAAGAGGCAUUACGAAUAUUCCUGAGGAUGCCCGAGUGGAGCCCUGUCUCAUGCAAUGCUAUGAUCGCUGCCUUCUCCGUGAACGGCCAGUUAAGCCAAGCAAAGCAUCUCUUUGAUAGAAUGGCAGAAUGGGACCUUUCAUCGCUAAACGCAAUGCUUUCGGCAUAUGCCCAAAGCAGUCAUCUGGAAGAUGCUCUGGUAUUCUACGAGAAAAUGCCAUUGCGCAACAAUGUUGCAGACACCGCAAUCUUGGGAGUCUACGGAAAAGUAGGAAAGAUCGAGGAGGCCGAAAGGAUAUUUUACGCAAUGGAGCGUCACGAUGUAAUCGCGUGGACGGCCAUGAUAACAGCAUAUGCCGAGAACGAGCAUCUUGUUAUGGCGAAGAAAGUAUUUGAUUCCAUGAAAGAGAGAAACUUGAUUUCGUGGAAUGCUAUCCUAGCUGCGUUUGUUCACUCCAAAGACAUUGAUAAAGCCAAAUAUUUGUUUGAUCAAAUGCUAGAAUGGGACACAGUAUCGUAUACUCUGAUGCUCCACGCAUAUGCCCAAGUUGGGCAUCUUGACUUCGCCCAGGAGAUCUUCCACUCGAUGCCUCACCGCGACAUCGUCUCCACCUCGGCCAUGAUCCACGCUCUCUCUCGCAAUGGCGAGCUCCAAAAAUCUCGCUCCAUGUUUGAUUCAAUGCCUGAAAAGAGCUACGCUGCAUGGAGCUCGAUCCUCUCCGCCUACGCUCAAAACGGCCACACCCGCGAAGCCAAGCUCCUCUUCGACCGGAUGUUCCACAGGGACGCGCUGGCCGCGAACUCAAUCCUCGCGGCACUCGCCCAAAACGCCGAUCCCGAGCUCGCGAUCCACUUCUUCCAGAUCGCCAUCGCCUGCGACGAGAUCCUGCCGAGCCCGGUAUCCUUUUGCUCCAUCCUCGUCGCGCUUAGCCAUGCCGGCGACGUCGAUCGCGGGGUUGCGUGCUUCGCGUCCAUGGUCGUGGAUUUUGGCUUGGCAGCGAUCAAGCAGCACUACAGCGCCAUGAUCGAUCUGCUGGGACGAGCGGGAUACUUGGUCGAGGCGGAGGAGCUCAUCACCUCCAUGCCAUUCGUCGGCGAUGCUAGCGAUUGGAAAUCCUUGCUGGGAGCUUGCUCCAGCUUCACGGAUCCUCGCCGGGGGGCUGUGGCGACGAGGCGCGCAGUUGGAUUGGAACCCACAAGCGCGGCACCUUACGUUGUUCUUGCCAAUAUAACCAGCACACGAAGAGCUUAG